UCUACUUAGAACAUAUGUUUUUUACAAGAAGCCCACCCGAGUGAGGCGUCAGAAAUCCGCUCCAAGAGGCUGAUCCACAUGGCAGAAGACAAGGUGAAGUUCCGGAACACGGGGCCGGUGCACCCGCUCACGAGGCAGCCGGUCGCGGACCGGAAGAGGUCCGGCGGGGUCAAGUUCGGGGAGUGGAGCGCGACUGCCUACUGGCCCACGGCGCGGCCGCCAACCUCCACGAACGGCCCUUCACGCCACUACUGCAGGUUCUACCGCUCAUCGGAGAACAUCGUCAGGAUCACCGUCCCCUACGGCGCCAAGCUGCUCUACCAGGGGCUGUUAAGCAUGGGCAUGCCUCAAGUUCCAGACGGAGGUCUGCUAUACUGAACUCUGUUAUGGACAUGUAGUGGCUAUGCGAAACUCUUUAUGACAGUAGCGUUUGCGUAGCUUGGACGGGUGUGUUCCUAUGCAGCGAAGAUGGUCGUGCAGUGCAGGAUAUGUUCUGCCGUGGGCAUCUGGCUCUGGCCUGAGAAGAAAUUCUGUUGAAACACUGUAGUAGCUUGGUUAGCUGAACCUGUUUCUCUCUGCCCCCUGGAAUGAACGGAAUUAGCUCAUGGCAUGCCUUGUUGGUUUGAGCUGGUCGUGUUUGCUCUUUGCUGUGGAAUGGGUGAUCGAGUUGGUGCUGUGCUAAUCGUGUCAUGUGAAUCACAGCAUCUGCCAUUGCAACCUGAAUGUGACCGACAACGCUGUGGAUCAGAGUACAUUCCUGUGACGCUCUGAAGUUCAGACACCGCAACUACAAUCAUCAUCGCAUCGAGAAAAACACACGCAUGCAUGCAUUUCCGGAGGUCAUCCGAACAAAACACAUGACGAAAGAAACACACGAAGUGGCCAAAAGAGACGAGAUGCCCUGAGAUAUAACAAACAUACAAUCAAGCUGCGACGACAACACGCAGCAAGAAGAGAAGCAGAAGAUACAAGCCCAUCUCCACGAGGAACAACUCAAGGGAAUUACAGGAACAAAACCCUCACUACCUGAACGAACGAGGACGAACUAGAGCCAAGAAGUGUGAAUGGGGGAACUCCAUGCGAGACGCCGACGGCCUCUCCUCCUCCUCCUACCACACGAGGAAGAAGAAGAAAAGCUCCCGCCGCGUCGCCAUCAUCUCGCCUCUCCGAAUGAUGCUUCUCCGAAGAUACAGAUACUCAUACCCCAAGUAUCUCCGUCUCCAUGCCCUUUGAGAGGCUCAGCAGCUCUGAUCGUCUCACCUGCUUUGAAACUGGCCAUCAUCUGGGUCUCUGAACUUUGAACGAUGUGGAUCAAUCGAGUGCAUUGAACCUGGACACCUUCUUGUAGGUUGUAGCUAGCUUUUCGCUCUGUUGUAUGGCCUUUGGGAUUUGGGAAUAUAGUUAUCGAUCCUGUGGUGGCACCUCACAUAGUGUGCUGCCUUUUCCCUCUCCUCUCUUUAUGUUGCCU